GGCGGGAAAAAAAAAAGAAACACUGUAAUUUGUUUUUAAAUGGGUUUUGAAUUGUGAAAACGGAGCGGAGCAACGGAGCAGGGUGAUAUUCGCCGAAGGAUUUAGCCGCGCUUUCUUAUCUCUCCCUUCCCCGUUCCUGGUAGAGUGGAUUUCCCCACCAAGCCUUCUCUAAAUGGGCAUUCCGGGCAAUACUACUCCUUUGCUGGGGGGGGGGGGAUAGGGAGAAAGAAAGGCAAUCAAACUGUUAUUUAAUUGGGCUUUGAUCGGGGCGACAGACUAGUAGUUUAGCGAUUUGUUUUACUUCGAGGAGGAGGCGGAGGAUCUUCGCGCCUUCCUCCUCCUCCUCCUCCGUUCCGGUCCCUCCCCUUGAGUUAAACGGGAGGGCGCGAACAGAAGCGCGGGGGAAGGGGAUUCGCGCGCUUUCGCUCUCCGUCUCUCCUCCGACCUAACCGCCUUUCCCGCCUUCUCUGCCCCCGGCCGCGGCCAUGCCCUGCUCCGAAGCGACCCCCGCCUCGCCCCCCAGCAAGAGGCCCAGGAGCACCGGCCCCGAGGAGCCCGCCUUGAGACUCCGCUUCGCCAAGCUCUCCGAGAACGCCCUCGCGCCCUCCAGGGGCUCCUCCCGGGCGGCCGGCUACGACUUGUACAGUGCCUAUGACUGUGAAAUUCUUCCUUUGGGAAAGGCUGUAGUAAAAACAGAUAUUCAGAUCUCUCUUCCUUCUGGAUGCUACGGCAGAGUAGCUCCACGGUCCGGCUUAGCUGCAAAUCACUUCAUAGAUGUUGGUGCUGGGGUUAUUGAUGAGGAUUACCGAGGAAAUGUUGGUGUAGUACUGUUCAAUUUCGGAAACGAAACUUUUAAAGUGAAAAGAGGGGACAGGAUUGCCCAGCUGAUUUGCGAACGCAUCUACUAUCCUGAACUUGAAGAAGUCCAGGUUUUGGACGACACAGAACGUGGCUCAGGAGGCUUUGGAUCCACUGGCAAGAACUGAGGAAAGCUGUUACAUGUAAUGAAUGACAUACUGUGUUUUGUAUAAGGCAUUUUUUGUACAAAUAAACUUUUGUUCAAGA